GAUACAUGGAAGGAGGGAGUAUAUAACUUUCAACACACAUCUUCCAAUCCGAGCCCACCGAUGGACAGGCCUGACGUCAAGAAGGAUAAGUGCUUUUCUUCACCGAUCGGUCACUGUCUGCAACUACUUACAACGGCUGCAGUUGACCGCCUAUAAUUGCCGGGAAUAUCAUCGGAAAGUUUCACGUGUCGCCUCUACUACAACUGGUAAAAUCGAACGGUCUCUUUUUCUUCAAAUGUUAGGGUUAGGGUUCUCUGAAAGCAGGAGUUCUCUGAUUAUGGCUUUUGAAUUGAUCGAUUGAAGUGGAAGCUUCGAAAUGGACUUUUGGAUGCCAAAAGGAGUUGAGCAUCCAGCAGAUGGCGAGAUACUCUUUGAUGGAUCAUUAAGACAUGAAACAAAGCGCACUCACCAUCAUUGGUUAUUAGAAAUUACCGAACCAGAACAAAUUUCUUAUAAAAAACAGGCUAUUGAAGCUUCUUCAAUCAGCAAGUCAGAUUCAAGUUCUCUAUCUUGGGAGAACUUAUCCACUUUUCGGUCUCUUCCUAGCCAAUUCAUAGGCCGGCUUUUCAGAUCCGAUGCAAUGGGACCUGCAGGUUUAGGUGAAAGAAACUUGAGGAAAAGUGUGAUUGGUGAAGAGUUUGGAAAUGAUUCAUCUGUUGGUUUGUCAAUGUCUUACGACAUUGAAGAACCAGAUUCUUGCAUUAGUUGUGAUGGGCUCAGAAAAGUUAAAGUUAAUCAGGUUAAGGAACAAAAUAUUGAUUUGCCCAUUGAUCUUCAAGAGGUAUAUAAUGAGGGAUCUGAAGAGACUUACACAUCAAUGAGGCAAGGAGAAGAUGUUAAUAACUCACUAUCAGGAAGUCAAUCAUUCAAAAAGGGGGACUAUAGUGCAUUUCUGUUUGGCGGAUACCAAGAGGAAGCUGAUAUUAAUGCCCUGGGAAGACCAAUUAGCAGCUGUGAAUAUAUUCACAAUCAAUCUACAGCACAAUCAUCAAAAACAGAACUCAACAAGGAUUUAGAUGGAUCAGAUUUUAAUGCAACAAUUAUUCACCCGUCUCAAGUGACUAAACCCAUUCUAAAGACAAAGUCAUAUGCAAAACCUGCUAAGAAAGAAACCCCAGACAGCUUUCCACCAAAUGUUAGAAGUUUGAUGUCUACUGGGAUGCUUGAUGGUGUGCCUGUAAAAUAUGUCUCUGUUUCUGGGGAGGAGCUGCAUGGGGUUAUAAAAGGUUCUCGAUAUCUAUGCAGUUGCCAAUCAUGUAACUAUUCUAAGGCACUUAAUGCUUAUGAAUUUGAGCGGCACGCCGGUUGCAAGACAAAGCACCCAAAUAGUCACAUAUACUUCGAGAAUGGCAAGACCAUUUAUCAGAUUGUCCAGGAGCUGAGAAGCACAAGAGAGAGUGAGUUGUUUGAUGCAAUUCAGACCGUGACAGGCUCUCCAAUCAACCAGAAAGCUUUCAAAAUAUGGAAAGAAUCAUAUCAAGCUGCUACUCGAGAGCUUCGGAGGAUCUAUGGGAAGGAAGAACUGAAUAUAUGAGUGGUACUGUGGAUGUGUGGUGAUUGAAAGAAGGUAGGAUCUCCUCAUUGUCUACAGAAAAAGAUUCAAAUUUGUGGUUCUUUUGAAUGUGUAAGAUACAAGUGUUUUGCUAAAUCAUACAGGUUUUCAUAAACAUGAUGAAGCCUAUAUGAAGAUGUACAUAAAUAAGUUCAAACACCCUUCUCAGUUUAUUUGCCCUUUCCUUUUGAAUCUCUCCCAAAAAAGAGUGUCUAGUUUC